AUUUACUUGUACUGUGCAAUAACACUUCUCUCCUCUCUCAUACAGUUCACACACUCCUCUGUCCUCUCAAAACCUAAGCAGCCAGAGAGGAAAGGGAAAAAAAAACAGAGGGGAGGAGCGCAUGGCUCAGCUCCUGCACCUGCCGGACCUCGCGGCGGCGCGGCCGCCUGCGAGGAGGAGGGGCGUGGCGGUGGCGGCAGCGGGGGGCCGCGUGAAGCAGGGGGAGGCGGGGAAGAGGCGGGUGAUCAAGGUCGCCGACCCCGUGCGGGAGGGGAGGCUGCCGGUGCCGCCGCCGCCGCCGCUCUUCGCCGCGCCGGUCACUCCGUCGGAGUCGCCGCCGGCGGCGAGGCGGCGGGAGGAGGACGAGGAGGAGAGGCAGCGGUACUACCUCAACAUGGGGUACGCGAUCCGGACGCUCAGGGAGGAGCUCCCCGAGGUGCUGUACAAGGAGCCCAGCUUCGACAUCUACAGAGAUGACAUUGUCUUCAAAGAUCCUUUGAAUACAUUUAAGGGCCUGGAAAAUUACAAAAUGAUAUUCUGGGCACUACGUUUUACUGGCCGGAUCUUUUUCAAAGCACUGUGGGUUGAUAUAGUUAGUAUCUGGCAGCCUGCUGAGAACCUUAUCAUGAUUCGCUGGAUUGCCCAUGGCAUUCCUCGAGUUCCCUGGGAUGGUCAUGGUCGCUUCGAUGGUGCUUCUGUGUAUAAACUCGACAAGAAUGGGAAGAUCUAUGAGCAUAAGGUGCACAAUGUUGCUAUGAAUCCACCAACAAAAUUCAAGGUCCUACCGGUCCAUGAGCUAAUCAGAUCACUUGGUUGUCCUUCUACUGCAAAACCAACUUAUUUUGAGGCUUCAUCUCAAUAUUUGUACGCUGCACCAUCGUAUUUGAGAUUAGCAUGGAUAAAAUGCUACAUCUCAUUGUGCCGUAUGCUUUCGCUAGCAGAUCUGGGAGAAGGAUAGAUGAGUUUAACAUGAAACCUCCAAUUUUUGUAUUUUUGUCGUAUGAUAGUGCAAGAAGUUACUGAGUAAAUCGAGUCAUAACAGUUGUAUAUAUGUACAGUGACAGUUUAUAGAAUAAGAAUUCCUCUUAGUUAAGGUGUA